AGGGAGGGCAGUAGUGGGAAGAACAGAGGGAAGGAGACAGGGAGAGAGAAGGAGGGAAUUGGAGGCUGCAGCACACUCACACAUACACCUGCAGCAUUCAGAAGCAUCCUCAUCCCAGGCUGCAGCUGGAUCAGGAGCUAUCAGUACAAAUAGAAGGAGGGGGUGAUAAAAAGAAAAAACAAAAAAAUAAAUAAAAAACUGGAAGCACUCAUCCAAAAAAAAAAAUCCCAUCUCAGCAAGCAAGGAUCCUACUACUACCAUGCCAGCGAAGACCCGGGUCCUGGAGAGCCCCCCUGCCACUCAGGAACAGCUGGCCAUCCCUGGGGGCCAAUAAAGUUCCUGCACAGCAGCCCACCAAGCUGCCCCCAAAGGGCUCACAAGUUCAUUGGCCGUCCUACGGGUCUGUCCCAUGUCUCCAUUGCCGGCUGAUGGGUGUCGGAAGGUGGGAUCUCCUCCAUGUCUACCGUGUGCACCGAUACACAGCCUUUCACCCAGCUUCCUCCUCCCCAGAAUCUGCUCUCCAGACCUAUGAAUGUGUCUAAACCUUCAGGGGCAAUUAGGAGCCACAACAUGGGUUCUGCUCAGGCCCAGUGAUGGAGCUGCAGACGUGCCCCAGGCCUAAACAACAGCAAUCCCCUAUACAGCCAAUCAGGAAGAGCCAGACACCCAGCAAAAGCUGAAGCACACACAGGGAAUGUACUGAAGAAAUUCCUCAUUCCUAGGACUAUGCAGAGGACAGAAUGGUGUCAGCCAAGGAGACAGAUAUGUACGACGCCAUCUUGGAAACUAACGAUGGAUCUAGUUCCGAUGCCAGCUGGUACUUUCCGUACCCGCUGGGCUUCCAGGUGUCCCUCACCAGCUUCCUCAUGUUGGAAAUUGUAUUGGGUUUUAGCAGCAACUUGACAGUCCUCGUGCUUUACUGCAUGCAGUCCAACCUUGUGGAUUCAGUCAGCAACAUGGUGACCAUGAACCUUCACGUUUUGGACGUCAUCAUCUGUGUGAUCUGUGUCCCACUGACAAUAGUCAUCAUCUUGAUUCCUCUAGAGCAGAACAUAGCUCUGGUUUGCUGCUUCCAUGAGGCCUGUGUCACCUUCAGUAGCAUCGCAACAGCCAUCAAUGUCCUUGUCAUCAGUCUGGACAGGUACGAUAUCUCCGUGAGACCCGCGAAUCGGGUUCUCACCCCCAGCAGGAUGGUGCUACUCCUGUCCUGUGUCUGGUUCGUCUCGCUCAUGGUCUUCUUCAUUCCUUUCUUCGAGGUGGAAUUUUUUGGUGACCCAGAUCACAUUGCUACCUGGCAGAACCGGACUUUACUCUGCGUAAGUGUCAAUGAGUAUCACACAGGGGUGGGUAUGUACUACCACCUUGUCAUCCAGAUACCCAUCUUCUUUGCAGCGGUGGCUGUUAUGCUGGUCACCUAUUCCAAAAUCCUUCAGGCCCUCAACAUUAGGAUCGGCAACCAUUUUAAGAGGAGCCAACGUCGGAAAACCAAGAAGAAGAAGAAAAGGAAAUCUUCGGACCAAAGCACCAUGGCGGAAACCAAGAGACUGGCUCCUCCUCCUGCUGGCCCAAACCCGCCAAUGAGGGUACAGGCUUCUGUGUCUGUUAUCAUCGCCUUAAGGCGCGCAGUGAAACGCCACCGGGAUCGCAGAGAACGCCAGAAACGUGUCUUUAGGAUGUCUCUCAUUAUCAUCACCACCUUCCUGCUCUGCUGGGCCCCCAUAUCUAUUGUGAACCUACUUAUCCUCUGUCUGGGGCCCAGUGAUUUCAUGGUAAAACUGCGAAUCUGCUUUAUCACCAUGGCCUACGGCACAACCAUUUUCCACCCUCUGGUGUAUGCCUUCACUCGCCAGAAAUUCCGCAAUGUCUUGAAAAAUAAGAUGAAGAAGAGAGUGGUUUCAGUGUUGCAAGUAGACCCCGCUCCUGGGGGGACAGUGAUACACAACUCUUGGAUAGAGCCCAAAAAGGGGAGGAAAGCAAAGUUGGAGUGUAGCGAAGGGACCGACCGAUGUCUUACAGAUGCCGUGAAGGAAUGAUCCUAUCUGGUUAGAAGCUGGUGUUACAAGACUCUUAUGACAGAGGGAUUAAUGGCGGAUACAAGUGCACAAUUUUAUUUUUAUUUUUCCAACUCUCAACCUUUAUAUGAUCGAGGAGCAGUAUAUUCUAUCGGUUGUAGCCCAAAAAAACUAUAGCCUAGCUCCAUUUUUAAAGCACUGCCAUGUUACCUCUGUGGCUUGGCUCGCCACAAGUCCAUUCAACCCAUCCGAUGUAGGGUGGAUAAUCCAGGUGAUCUGUACCCCGUAUGUAGGGGCGGCUGCAGUGAAUUUUCGAAGUCACCGUUGAGUCGAUUUUUGUCCAAAACCUGGCAAAUCGAGAAUCUAGAAGUUUUUAUAGUGAGUAGAACCGCAUGCCUCGAUGUGACAAAGAAUCAUCCUAGGACAGAAAUUUGUUCUUUCAAGUUAAUAAAAAUGGACACACAUCAAAGAAACAGGAACUUCUUAAAGAACCCGUAUUUUUCUACGGAUAAUAUAUUUGAUUUUAACAUCGCCGCAGCCAAGAACUGUAAAUUUAGGACUGUAAAAAGAAAAAAAAUAUAUCAACAAUAUUUGUUUUAUAGUUUUAAAAAGAAUAUAUAUAGAUAUAUAUAU